AUGGCGCUGCUGAAAGUCAAGUUUGACCAGAAGAAGCGAGUCAAAUUGGCCCAAGGGCUCUGGCUGAUGAACUGGCUCUCUGUGUUGGCGGGUGUCGUCAUCUUCAGCCUAGGACUGUUCCUGAAGAUUGAACUCCGGAAGAGGAGCGAAGUGAUGAAUAAUUCCGAGAGCCAUUUUGUGCCCAACUCCUUGAUAGGGGUGGGGGUGCUGUCCUGUGUCUUCAACUCUCUGGCUGGCAAGAUCUGCUACGACGCCCUGGACCCUGCCAAGUAUGCCAAGUGGAAGCCCUGGCUGAAGUCGUACCUGGCUGUCUGCGUCCUCUUCAACAUUGUCCUCCUCCUGGUGGCCCUCUGCUGCUUCCUCCUGCGGGGCUCACUGGAGAGCACCCUGGCCCACGGGCUCAAGAAUGGCAUGAAAUAUUACAGGGACACAGACACGCCUGGCAGGUGUUUCAUGAAGAAGACCAUUGACAUGCUGCAGAUCGAGUUCAAAUGCUGUGGCAACAAUGGCUUUCGGGACUGGUUUGAGAUUCAGUGGAUCAGCAACCGCUACCUGGACUUUUCCUCCAAAGAAGUCAAAGAUCGCAUCAAGAGCAACGUGGAUGGGCGGUACCUGGUGGAUGGCGUCCCCUUCAGCUGCUGCAACCCCAGCUCGCCACGGCCCUGCAUCCAGUACCAGCUCACCAACAACUCGGCACACUACAGCUACGACCACCAGACGGAGGAGCUCAACCUGUGGGUGCAUGGCUGCAGGGCCGCCCUGCUGGGCUACUACAGCAGCCUGAUGAACUCCAUGGGCGCCUUCACGCUCCUCGUCUGGCUCUUCGAGGUGACCAUCACGGUCGGGUUGCGCUACCUGCACACGGCGCUGGAAGGCGUGUCCAACCCGGAAGACCCCGAGUGCGAGAGUGAGGGCUGGCUUCUGGAAAAGAGCGUGCCGGAGACCUGGAAGGCCUUUCUGGAGAGCUUGAAAAAGCUGGGCAAGAGUAACCAGGUGGAUGCCGAGGGCGCAGACGCAGGCCAGGCCCCAGAGGCUGGCUGAUGGCCCUGGGGCCCCCUCCCCUCCUGGACACUGAGUAGUGGACUCCAAGAAAUGCGGAUACCCCCCUCAUCCAAUCCGAAUCUCCCAAGGAGGGUGGCCGUCUCACAGAGACUCUUCUUGAUGGUGGAUUUAAAGUUCUGAGUCCCUAAAAGUGUUUGGCAAACAUUUGUUGAAUAACUGACUCAAAACGUGAGUGAGUGAGCCCCCGCUCAGGCCCACUGCCCUGGGUAAGCCCUCGUGGUGGACUCGGGGGACGUCCUCAGUGGAUGACUCUUCACAACACAUGAAUUCAGUUACCCGAGGCUACUGGCCACCUCUGAGGGCUGCUCCCCUUUGACGAGUCUCCCAUUACGAGCACGAAGUUGCUUCAUUUUGUAUCCAAAGCGUCACUUGGUGCAUAAGCACAGCAGUCUAAAAAAUGUACUGGCCGUGUUGUCAUUUUUUUUAAAUGCCAAGAUUGACAGGUCAGCCAUUUUAUUUGCUUAACUGCAAAUAACUAGGAGACAGUUAUGCUUUUCUGAGAGUUAAUGGGCUUUCCAAAGCGCCGAGGGCUCAAAAGAGGAAUUCUUCAGUCAUGGGGCAAGAGGACUCAAAGACGCAGAAUUAUCUGCCCCCACUAACAACACAGUUAAAGGCCUGCUUUUGUGUCACAUUCACGUGCCCUCAGUCACUUAAGCCAGGAGUGAGCCAGGGGCUGAGAAAGGCAGGUUGUUGGCAUGUUCCAGCAACAUCCCAACCUUCAAGUGCUGGGUGAGCUCGUCUGGCUUGUCUGUGGAAGCGCUGGAUCAGAUGGCUGCCCUUCUGUGCAAGAGGAGCAACAAUCAGACAAGAGUCCACCCUGUGGAGACCAGGUGUCACCUCUUGGCGGGCCCAGGGACACCCACCCAGGUGGCUGUGGCAAGCCCCCAUGGACGACACUAACUGUCUACCGUGGAGGGCAAAGAGUCCUCUGGGAGCUUCUUCCUGUUUUUCCCCAGGUACCCAUCCUGCAAAGCAGUAUUUCCAGAAUGCCUCUGCGUUAAAGAAAAUUCUUUGAGACAGCCCAUCUUCCCGAGCCAGCAACUGCCAAGAGAAGCUUUCACUUCCCUCAGGAAAAAGAGAGAAAGGAAGCUUUUAGAAGGAGAGAACGAUUCCACUGUCGUCCUAAGAGUUUUCAGUGUGGAGAGAAUGGCUUCUGGCGCUGCCUGGGCUACAUUCUGGGGUUCUCAUUCUCCCAGACUUAUGACCAGAUCGAAGACGUUUGGACACUCUGUCUGACUUUGGUCCCAGGUUUCAUCUAAUUAGACUCUGAAUCUCCUUGAGACCAAGGAAUGAUCUACAUGGAAAAUGCUGAGUCAGCCACUGCCGACAAGGGUCCUGGAGCUCUCUCCCCUCUCAGGAGUGCUGAGAACCACCACGAAAAUGCUGCUCUAGGCCACAUGUGAUGCUGUACGAUAGACAUUAAAAAUUACCUCUAUGAAAAUCACUUUUGUUCAAUGCCUGUCUUAUAGCCUAUUCUUCACUAUGUGUCACAGGAUCUCCAACUCUAGGUAGUAUUUGUUAAAAACAAAACAAAACGAAGCCUCACACUAAAAAGCAGCAUUGUUAAUAAUCAGGGUAGCUGUUCCAGCAGCAUGGGCAUCACCUCUCUCCCUCCUGCUAUCUCUUAUCUGCAAGAAGUGACUAAUAGGUUAACCAAAUAAUCUCAACAUUUGCAAGAGUUUGGACCAGAGCUGAAUUUAUCUAAUAUUUUUAAAAGAUUUUAU